AUGAUAAUGGCAAUAUGGAGUGCUGCAAGAGCUACAACCAUUCCAGUAUGGGAGAGGGCAGUGCAACGAUUAAAAUCUUUGAAAGAAGCAGCUUGGAAGGAUAUGUUGGACAUCCCUACUCACUUAUGGACCAGGUCACAUUUCAAAACAUACUCUAAGUGUGAUCUACAAGUUAAUAGUAUGUGUGAGGGCUUCAAUAGGAAAAUUCUAGAGUGUAUGGAUAAACCCAUAAUCACUUUGUUGGAGGGUAUUAAACAUUAUUUGACUAAGAGGAUUACUAGUCAAAAGGAGCUUAUGAAUACAUACACUGGUGAUAUUUGCCCUAGAAUUCAAUGGGAUUUGACCGGUACUCCAUGUAGUCAUGCCAUAUCAUGUAUAUGGCAAAACAAGAAAAAACCUGAAGAUUAUGUCUCUGAGUAUUACAGGAAGUCACAUUUUAAUAACAGUUAUUCACAUAUAAUCUACCCUACAAAUGGGCCCCAACUAUGGCCUUUGUUGGAGGGUCAGGUACCAAUCAAACCACCAGUGCUCAGAAGGGCCAUUGGUCGACCUAAAAAGCUUAGGAACAAAGUGAGUGAUGAACCAAGAAAUCCACAUGUACUUCCUAGGAAGCUUACAACUGUGAGUUGUCAUAAAUGUGGUGCCAUGGGACACAACAAAAGGAGUUGUAAAGGAAAAAUGGCUGCUGAGAGAGUUAUUCCUAAAGGUGGUAACAAGAAGAAGGGCAAUGCAUCAAAGGAUGGAAAGAGACAAAACUUGAAACAAAAGGUAGAAAGAAGACAAAGGCAGCUGUAA